AUGGAUGAAGAUUACGAUUAUGAUUUUUCUACUUAUAAUUCAACUUCUGAUAGUUCGUUUAUAACCAAUCAACAGACAGACUCUCUUGACCAAGAUGAUGAUAAUAUUCAAAUUUCACAUUCUCAAUCACCAGCACCUUCAUCUAACGAAAUUACUGACAGUCAUAUUGCUAAAAGGACAAAACUUUCCAAUAAAGAUAAUUUUAUAAAAUCUUUUUUUACCUUUUAUGAGCAACCUGGACAUAAGCCUGAAGACAAAUCAACAACUAAGCUUAAAUGCUCGAUCAAAGGUUGUCAAACAAAAUAUGUGUGGCAUGGUUCGACUACAAAUAUGAUUAAUCACCUUAGAGACGUACAUCACAUUACAAAAAUGUCACUUCACAAUAAGACAGCCGAUGAACUCAAAAAGUCUUCUCAACAAACACUAGAAACCAUGUUAUUAAAACCUUAUCCACCAGCAAAGCAACAAAAACUUACACAAGAUGUUCUUAGACUCUUUAUUUCCUGUACGCUUCCAUUAUAUUUGGUCGAAAAUAAAAAUUUUCGUACCUUUUUACAUUCCUUCGAUCCUAGAUAUAAACCACCUUGUGUAAAUACAUUUAAAAAUGAAAUAGCAAAUGGAACUAACCAUACAACUCAAGUAAUUAAAAAUAUGAUUCAUAGUCAAGCUAAUACAAUAUCACUUACGUUUGAUUUAUGGACGUCUCGGGCACAUGACUCUUACUUAGGUGUAACUUGUCACUGGAUUUCUGAUGAAUUCCGUAUGUAUGAUCUUACAUUAAGCGUAGUUGAAAUGGGUGCAUAUAAAACUGCAGGUGAUAUUGUUGAUUCUAUUGAGCCUUUGCUUGAAGAAUUUAGUAUAGAAGGAGAUAAAAUAUUAAGUAUAACCACAGACAAUGGCUCAAAUGUUAAAGCAGCUGUUACACGGCUUUCAGCAAGUCUUUCUUUAUCAACACCAAUUGCUAAUAUUUUUUGUGCUGCGCAUACCUUGCAGCUAAGCGUUGAGACAGGCUUGGUAGUUGUGCAGAAUCUAAUUACUAAAUGUAAAGCAUUGAUUUCACUUAUGAGUAGAGAAAAAAAACGUAAACAAUUAAGAGAGGCACAAAUUAGGUGGCUGGCCAAUGAUCUUGAAAAUUCAAAUAAUAAUGAUAAUCGUCGUGAUGGAACCAAUAUUCGGGACAAAUUAUUAACCAAUGAGGAGUUUAGUAUUGCACAGGAACUUGUUAACCUUCUAUCACUAUUUGAUAAAGCUACUGAGAUUCUUUCUGGAUCGAAUUACGCUACACUAGGUAUAAUGGUACCAACAGUAGAAGAAUUAAUAUAUAGAUUUAGUAAUAUAGAUAGUGAAAUAGAUAUCAUAAAUGAAGUAAAGGAGACAAUUUUAUCUAAUUUGACAAGCCGAUGGUCUUUGCCACAUGAUUAUGGAAUGUUUGCUUCGUUACUCGAUCCCAGAUUUAAAGAUCUAUCUUUUUGUUCAAAUGCUCAAAAACGAAGAAUGAUUGAGGAAUUAAAAAUCAAGUUUAAUGAAUUAAGUAAGCAUGAAAAUCAACAUGAUGAAUCUCCUGAACAAACUGAAUUGGACAGGUAUCUUUUACUUCCUGAAAUAAAUAAAACAGAAGAAAACAAUCCACUAGACUGGUGGAAAUGGCGAAAGGCUGAAUUUCCAAUUCUUAGCAUACUUGCAAGAAGAUAUCUUGCAAUACCUGCUACUUCG